UUGUUGGUUCAUGGAUGGAUGACCCUGCUGCUCUCAGCUCCAGCUGUCAGCUGCGCUCGCGCUCCGUUUCUGACUUUCCCACUCUGUCCCCGGUACCAUGGCGUCCAGCGAGGAGGACGGCUCGGUUGAGGAAAAGGAAAGCAACAACAAGAAGAGAACAAAAAGUGCCAUUGUUACUGCAUGGCUUACAUUUUAUAACAUUGCCAUGACGGCCGGGUGGCUGGUGUUGGCAAUAGCGAUGCUUCGGUUUUACAUGCAGAAAGGGACACACAUAGGUCUGUACAGAAGUAUAUCAAGGACACUGAAGUUUUUCCAGACAGUUGCAUUAGUUGAGGUUAUCCACUGUGCAAUUGGAAUGGUGCGCACCUCUGUGAUCGUGACUGGGGUCCAAGUGUGUUCAAGAAUAUUCAUGGUUUGGUUCAUUACUAACAGCAUUAAGCAGAUUCAGAAUGAAGAAAGUGUACUCCUUUUCCUGGUCGUGUGGACGGUGACAGAGAUAACCAGAUAUUCCUUCUAUACAUUCAAUCUCCUCAAGCACCUGCCAUAUUUCAUCAAAUGGGCCAGGUACAACAUGUUCAUUGUCAUGUACCCCCUUGGAGUGGCGGGUGAACUCAUGACCAUUUACACGGCGCUACCGUACGUUCGCAGGUCCGGAAUGUUCUCAAUGAGGCUCCCCAACAAAUAUAACGUCUCUUUUGACUACUAUAUUUUCCUGAUCAUCGUCAUGCUCUCCUACAUCCCAUUGUUUCCACAGUUAUAUUUCCACAUGCUCCGUCAGAGGAGAAAGGUGCUUCACGGGGAAGUGAUAGUUGAGAAGGACGAGUAGAACGACCACACAGCCUGCCUGUCUUGGCUUUCCCUCAAACAGCGAGACUGUGCCGCCCUGUCAACACCACCCCCCCCCCCCCCACCCAAACACCCACCCACCGACUACCUGCCCAGCCUCCACCAAGGAUCCAGAGGUGCUCCCUCAUGGCAGGAAUAAAGUGCCGCACACGAAACCCUCCGGAUCCUUCCGGUUCUUUUACAGCUGCAGAACACCCAGAGUUCACAAGCUGGUUAGACUUAAUGCCCACACACUGUUCAUUGGUGUAAGGAAGAAGGAAAUAAGAGAGAGGUAACGUUACAUCUAGCUGUACUUUAUUUUUUAACUGGAAAUGUUAUGUGCUUGUGGCGCAUAAACUUUUGUACUCAACAAUAUAACAAGAAGAUAAUUAUUUAAAAAAAGGAAAAGUUUAUGUAUUUAAGUCCACUGGAGUUCUAUAUACAGUGGACCACCCAUUCUGCACAGAAUAUUGUGCAUUUGUAAUGAACAAAAUUGAAAGUACUUUAUAAACUGUGCAUACACUGAAAAAAUGCUUCAUUGGAUAUACUGUACCUACAGUACGGCACACAGUAUGUUUUACUUCACUUUGUUAUACCUGUAUUUUUUAGGUUUUCUCUUUUGAAAUUUUUAGGUUCAAUGUUCAAUUUUCAAUUGAGAAAACCCAAAAAAUAUAGGUGCAACAAGUUGAAGUAAAAAUUGUAGGUUUAUCCAAUGAAGCAUUUUUUUUUCAGUGUAUCAUAUGCAGCAAUGCCACAAUUACUUCAAUAAAAUGUUAGUUGUAUGUACUGUUGCUGAGUUUUUGCAAAUGCAAUGUGAAACAGUCAGCUUCAUGAGUUUAGCACAUGCAUUAUGUCGUAUCGCCCAAAAAAAAAAAAAAAAAAAAAUUGCCAUCUGUAAAUUACACCAUUUUAUAGUGCAAUAGAUUAAUUUAGUUCUACAUCAGUAAAGAUUGUAUGCCAGUGAUAUAUUGACAGGAAAUUAACCUUUAGUACAGGUAGAUUCUGACAUCUAAAUAAUACAGCUUUUAAUUUAAAUUUUCUCCCUUUCAGUUGUUCUUCUUUUUGAACUGCUCUUAUUUGAAAUGUUUACCGAACACUGUCAAACGAACUUAAAAAGGAGCUCAUAUGGCAUCUAAAGGAACAAGUAUGAUAGUUUAAAAGCCAGCUUCAACAUAAGUACUGGCAUGCAGGCUUUUCCGUUUUGUCAGAUGUUUAUGGCAUAAUUUGCCUUUAAAAUGAUGUUAAUGUUUUUAUUUUUAUGUGUAAUUAUACAAUUGAUAAUACACAAAGCAAUUUUGCUGCUAUCAGAAACUCAGUGCAACAUUUCAAAACGCUGAGUGACAAUUCACAAUUAAUAUCUAAUCAAAAAUUUUAUUUAACCAUUCUUUGUGGAUGAAUUCAAAAGGCAAGCCCACAGAAACAGUCAACCUGGUCCCACUUCAGAAUCAUUUUCCAUGAAAUCCCAGUGAUUCCUUUAAAAAUGCAAGUAGAGCAGGUUUCUUUAUUAAUUCCAACCAAGUCACAAUAAAUCUAAUGUUCUACAUAAAGUCACAAAACUGAAUUGUGACAAAAUUGAGUACUAUUUAACCAGACAGUAUGUAUUUUCUUUCUGUAUAUUUCUUUCAGAGUUCUUGGAUUAAUUUGGUAAUUGAGUAUGCAUAGUAUGUCACACCCCCUUUUGCCCAGAACCAGAUACUGUACAAUACAGCCUGGCGUUCCCCCUACUCUACAAAUGGUGCUACUGCAAAAUAAUUUUAAUCUUCUGUGUAGCUAAAUAACCAACAGAAAUGUGGAUGAGCGAUUGUUUAGUGACAUGUAAAUUGAGAGGUGAAAAACUGUGAUGACAUUAAUUUCAAAUGUUAAUUUCUAUGCACUCACACUGUUUCAUGAUCCUCCCGUGUAUUUAAUGAAUCAAACAGCACUGUUUCAUGAUCCUACCAUGUAUUUAAUUAACCAAACUUCACCCAUUCAUAAUCCUACCCUGUAUUUCGUGAGUCAAACUGUGAUUGGAGUUAGGGCUGGGAAAUGAAGAACAAAUAAAAAUCUAAUACAAAACAAA